AUGGACCCACUGCCCAACCAUGUUUAUGAGGGCCUCCCGACGAGAGAGGCAAUCCGCAUUCUGAUAUCGUACCCCGCAAUAGACUUCCAGGCACCACUCGAAGCUCACUUCGAAUACAACAACGAAGAAUUAUCCGGUGAUACCACAAUCUCCUCCCAGGGCUUCGAUGCUGUAUCAUACUGUUGGGGUGACCCCAAGUCUACUCACAUUAUCUACUUCAAGAACUUCACCCAUGGACACCUACCUUCACUCACAAUUACCGCAAAAGUCGAUUCCAUGCUACGCCAUUUGCGAAAACCUCACAAACAGCGUCGUCUCUGGAUCGACGCUAUAUGUAUCAAUCAAGCCGACGCGGAAGAGAAGACGCUUCAAGUGCCCCUAAUGCGCAGAAUUUACACAGCUGCCUUAAAAGUCCAUGUCUGGCUCGGCGCUGGGGAGACAUUCGACGCACAGGCAGCUUUCAUGUACUUGAAGAGGAUCGUUGUUGCCGAUGAGGUAGAGAAAGAAACUGUAUUCCUCCCAAAUCAGUUUCGCAAAGACUGCGCGGCUACGCGGUCAACCUUACAACAAUUGUUCCUUAACCCUUGGUUUACGCGGCGUUGGGUCCUGCAAGAAAUCGCCCUUGCUCAUGAGAUCACAGUGCAUUACGGACAUGACAAGAUUGCAUGGAAUUGGUUUGCAAAGGGGACCUUGCUUCUACCGGAAUUAGACGAACAACACAAGACUCAAGGUCGAUGGGCCAGUUACCAGCCUUACAUAGUGGCCAAGAAGACUAUUGAGACUUCGCUGAAACCGAGUUCUGGUACCAUCUCCAGAUUUUCGGAUCCAUUCGCGAAGAUGAGCUGA